AUGAUAAUUUUUAAAAAUUCAAAAUCAUAUUUAUUGGUUAUAUGUUUGUUUUUAUCUUUUGUUUUAUUUUAUAUAUCUUAUUUUUUUUUUAUCAAUGGAGUUUUUAAUCCGGCAGUUAGAAUAAUUUUCCUUGGAAGCCAAAUUUCGGAUAUAAAUGAAGUUUAUGAAAAUUCUAUUAUUGAAUCAAUUGGAACAUUAUUUUUAAAAAAAAGUUAUUUCAAUAUGUCCAUAUUACUUAUAUUUUCUAUUAUUAUACCUAUAUUAAAAUUUAUUAUGGUUAGUGAUAAUUUAUACAGUUUUAUUAAAUUACAUAAUCUAAAAGCAAAUCAUAAAGAAGAAAAUGACAUAAAGCUUAUUAAUAUAAUAAAUGAAAAUAACUUAUUAAUAUUAAAAAAAUUUAGCAUUUUGAGUUCAAUUUCUAGGUUUCAAUUUGUAGAUGUUUUAAUAUCAUUUUUUAUUGUAUCAUCAUUAAAUUUUUAUUUGUUAAAUGCAGAAUUUUUAAUUGGAGGAUAUCAUUAUAUAAAUUAUUGUAUUUUAUCAACAUUAUCAUCCUUCUUGUUAUUAACCUUUACUUCAAUCAAAAUUCAAUUAUAUAAAAAGGAAAAUAUAAAAGUAUAUCCGUUACUUUCUGAAAAACAUUUAAAUUUAAAUUGCUCUAAUUCCAUUUUGUGUAAUACUAAAGUGGAUUGUUGCAAUGAAAUAAAUAAAAUAAGUAAUGACAAUGAUAAUCACGCUUAUAUAUUAGAUGAUAAAAAUAGAAGCAAUUUAGAAAAUGAGAAGAACGAGGAAAAUUUAACUAAUGAAAACAUUGCUGAAGAUAAAUAUUUAAAAAAUGUUAAUCCUAGUAAUAAUGAAAAUGCUAGAAAUACAAGUAUGGAAGAAAUAAGCUAUACAUUAAAUGAAUUUAAUAAUAUAGAUAGAAAUAUUUCGGAAAAUGAAAAAAAUCAAAACCAAUUGCUUUGUUAUAAUAAAUUGCAAAAUUUAAGUAAUAUAAAUUAUAUAUCAAAAAUAAUAAAAAAUAAUGAUGCUUAUAUUUAUUUAAAAAAGAAAAAAUUUAAUUCCUUAUUGAAAUCAAAUUGUGAUGUAAAUACUUUUAAUAUCAUAAAAUUUCUUUAUGCGCUUUUCUUAUUUUUUUAUUUAUACUGUUGUAUUUAUUUGAUAAUAAUUGAAAGGUCUAAUAUUUUUGGUAUAUAUAUAAAUUUAAGUUAUUUUAAUUUUAACAUUGAUGGUAUUUUAAUUGAUUUUAUUGAUAUGUUGAAUACAUUAAAAAUUAAAGUUCCUAAAAAUUAUAUUUGUCCAUUCUUUGUAAUACUUCCAUUCAUUUUUCCAGUAUUAAGUGGAAUUUCUUUUUUCUUAAGUGCAUCUUUUAUCAAUAUAUAUUAUAUUAUUUUCUCAAAUUAUUAUAGAAAGGUCCUCGCAAUUAAUAAUGAAUUAGUUUUUGAUCCAGAAAUAGGAGAAAAUCAAAAAGUAACAGUUUCAGAAAGAUAUAACUAUUUAUACAUAAAAAAAGAAAUAGAAAAAAACGAUAAGUUAUCAAAUACAUCUGAUGAUUUAUCUUCACCUAAUAGUAGCACUUAUCUGAGUAGUAAAAGUGAAGAUAUAAAUACUAACUUCAUUUAUGGCAAAUUUUUGAACUUUUGUUUUUUUUUAUCUGUUUUUUUUUGUUAUGUAGCUUCCUUUAUUCUUCAUUUUUCACUUGGAGAGAUAAUAACUAUAUCUAUUUUAACAUUUUAUCAAGUUGUAAAACAUACAAAUAAUAUGAAUAUUACUAUUUUAUUUAAAAGUAACAAAGUAAUGUUUUGUAAAUUCUUGAUAUUUUUAAUUCAUGGUAUUAUUUGUUUUUCAUUAUAUCUAUAUGUGAGACAAUGGAAAAUAUACAUAAAUAGAUUACGAAAAACAAAAAAAAAAAUAUUAUUAUUUGAAAAGAAUAGAUACAGUGAAAUAGUUGAUUUGAAUAUUCAAAAGAGUGAAAACUGUGAUAUCCCUAUAUAUUCAUUAUUUUUCAAAAGUUUAUAUAGAAGGAAAAUAUAUAGUGUAAGCAUAAAGAAACAAAAAGAAGAAAAAAAUUUUGCUUGCAUGAGAAUUAUAGAUAAUAAUGAAAUAAGUGAAAUGUAUCAGAAUACUACAGUAGAUAAUGAGGAGUAUGAAGAUUUAGAUUUAAUUGAUAAUAAAGAAGAUUCGUUUAUUAAAAACAGAAAAGACAACACCUUUUCAACAAAUUUAUCAGAUAAUUAUGAAAUUAUAGAUUGUUUACAAAAUAAUAAAAAAAGUAGUGUUGAUAAUGUUAAGAAUGAAAAUUUUAUGUAUUUUAAAAGUAUUAUUCCCAUUAAAUCAAUUUUAUUAUCAAAUUUAGAAAAAAAGAGGAAGAAAAGGAAACUAGACAGUUUAACAAAAAUAUUAACAUUAUUACAUUUGCUUUUGUUUAUUUUUAUUUUAUUAAUGUCAUUAAUGGCUUUUAUUAAAAAAGAAAAAGUGUUCAAGUUUAAAAUUUUUUCAACCAAUAAAAAAUUGAAUGAUUUCUUUAAGUCUUCAAAAUUUCAUUCAUUAAUGCCUACAAGUAUAGGAAAGUGUAAAAAUAAGGAUUAUGUUGCCAAAUUACCAUGUUUUAAUGUUGGAAUAAUAUUUCAUGAAGAAAAAACUUUUUAUCAUGCUACUCUUUUUUAUUUGGAAGAUAUAAAUUCUUUAAAUAUAAAAAAUUUAAAUUUUUAUUAUGAAAAUAAAGUAUAUUAUUUAGUAAUAGAUGGAUAUUUUAAACAUAUUUCUGGUCCAGUUUUUUUAAAAUUAUGUUUAGGUUCUAAUUUUUGCCCAGUAAGUACAAAUAGUUCAUUAUUGGGAAAUAUGUCAUCUUUUUCAAUUACUAUAUCUGCAAAAUGUAAUGAUAAAAAGCCACCAAAUUAUAUAAGUAAACUUUUUAUUGAGGAUUUAAAAAUCACAAAAAUUGAACUUGUAAAAGAUGCAAGUAUAGUUAAUAACAUUGAUAUAAAAUUAAAAAAUAUUCAGAAACUUGUACAAAAUAAAGUUAAUUCUAUGUUAGCUAAAAAAAAAAAAUUUAUAAAAUGGAGAAAUCGAAAAUAUAAUCUUGAGGGUUUUAUCAAUUAUUUGAUAACAAAAAAUGUAUUAUCUAGUUUUUCUUGUGAGCCUUUAUAUGAUUAA